AUGCGCCGGGACACAGCGCAGCGUACCGCCUACGCACUCACGCUCCAAGCCCCGCCCGGCUCCGCCGGGGCCACGUUCCCGGAAGUGCUCCGGCUCGCCGGGCGCUGUCUGCCGCGCGCGCUUGUUCGCGGCACGUGGCUCGACACGUGGGUGCGCGUCUGGCGCAGAGACCGGGGCACCCUGGAGCCGCCCGCUUCGGUCGCGAAGGCGGUGCCCGCCGCGACGGUCGUGGAUGCACUCAUCGCAGCCGGGGAGGGCCCAGCCCCGCCCCCGCCGCCGCCUGCUGUCGCUCAGAGGUUCAUUUGCUCCUUUCCCGACUGCAGCGCCAAUUACAACAAGGCCUGGAAGCUAGACGCUCACCUGUGCAAGCACACGGGGGAGAGGCCAUUCGUCUGUGACUAUGAUGGGUGUGGCAAGGCCUUCAUCAGGGACUACCAUCUUAGUCGCCACGUCCUGAUUCAUACUGGAGAAAAGCCAUUUGUUUGUGCAGCUAGUGGCUGUGAUCAAAAAUUCAACACAAAAUCAAACUUGAAGAAACAUUUUGAACGCAAACAUGAAAAUCAACAAAAACAAUACAUCUGCGGUUUUGAAGGUUGUAAGGAGACCUUUAAGAAGCAUCAGCAGCUGAGAAUCCACCAGUGCCAGCAUACCAGUGAGCCCCCGUUCAAGUGUACCCAGGAAGGAUGUGGCAAACACUUCUCCUCCCCCAGCAGUCUGAAGCGACACGGGAAGGUGCACGAGGGUUACGUAUGUCAGAAGGGAUGCUCCUUUGUGGCAAAAACUUGGACGGAACUCCUCAAACACACCAGGGAGACCCAUAAAGAGGAAAUAACGUGUGAAGUAUGCCAGAAGACAUUUAAGCGCAAAGAUUAUCUCAAGCAACAUAGGAAAACUCACGGCCCAGAAAGGGAUGUGUGUUUAACCUGCAGAGCCACAUCCUCUCUUUUCACGAGGAACAGCGUCCAUUUACAUGUGAGCACGCUGGCUGCGGCAAGACCUUCGCAAUGAAACAAAGCCUCAAUCGACAUGCUGUUGUGCAUGAUCCUGACAAGAUGAAAAUGAAGCUUAAGAUAAAACCAGCUCGUGAAAAACGGAGUUUGGCCUCUCGGCUCAGUGGAUAUAUCCCUCCCAAACGGAAACAGCUGGGCUCGUCUCUACUGAAAAAUGGAGAGUCCCCACACUGUAUCGAAGACGGAGUGCUCUCGACAGUUGCAGUACUGACCCUCAAUUAAGUGUCAUGUUGCUUUGUUUAAAAGACUGCAAACCAGAGAAUUUAUUUUAUUUCAGAAGCAUAUUUUUCCUUAUUAAAGUCACUGAGGAACAUUUGA